CUGCAGCAGGACUCGUAGUAUUCAGCAGCUUGCCCAACUCUGCAGCUCAUCCAUAGAGUUUCAGUCAUGAAGCUCCUCCUGGUUUUCGUUUUGGCUGUUUUUGCCGGUUGUGAUGCUAAAGUCGCGCAGCAGACUCAGCCCAAGCCGCAGAUGGACAUGGUCAAAGAUGCCUUUUGGGACUAUGUUGCCAAGGCAACAUCCACGGCUGACGACUCACUGGCACUGAUCAGACGGUCAGAUCUUGGAAAAGAAAUCAACACCCUCAUUUCUGGGAGCGCGGCCGCCAUCAACAGAUUCACAGAUGUUCUCCGCGCUCACGUAACCCAGGACUUCACGUCGCGCUUCUUCCAGCAGGCUGAGCAGCUGAAGAUCCGCCUAGAAAAGGAUCUGUCGUCCAUGAGAGCCCACCUCCAGCCAUAUGCCGACGAGGUGGUGACGCACCUCCAGGAGCAGGUGGAGGAACUGAAGAAAGAAGUGUCAUCUUACGCUGAAACCAUGGACUCGGAAUCUCUCAAGGCCAUCCUGGUGAAGAAAAGCCAGGAGCUGAAGAGCCACCUGGACAGGAAUGUCAACAAGCUGCAUACCCAGAUGGUUCCUUACACUGAGGAACUUAGGCAGAAGAUGGAGAAUAACCUGGAGGAGUUCCAGAAGAGCAUCAUGCCCCUGGCUCAGAGGUUUCACAGCCAGCUCACAGAGAAGACCAAGGAAAUCCAAGAGAAACUGCUCCCUUAUGGUGACCAGCUGAAGGCCAAGCUGGACAUUGACACCCAGAACCUGAAGGAGCAGCUGGCUGCUCUCUGGGAGUCCUUCACCAAGAUGACCCAGUAAAGGUUGUCAAGAGCUGGACUCAACAUUGCAACAUUCUACCUCAUUUUGAUUUCAAGUCUGUUUUCUGUUCAUAUUUGACAGUUUGCCCACUGCAAGAGACAAUAAAAAAAAUUCAGAUGCA